CUUUUUUUCUAAAGAUGAGUUUUAAAAUUUAAGAGAAGCACCAAGCAGUAGAGCUGAGAGAGGAAAAGAACACAGAUCUUGCAUGGUUCAAAUUUUUCUUUAUAGGUCCAGGAGUAAGAUAUAUCAUACGAAAAUGAAAAUUAUAAUUCUUCUUGGAUUCCUGGGAGCCACAUUGUCAGCCCCACUUAUCCCACAGCGUCUUAUGUCUGCCAGCAAUAGCAAUGAGUUACUUCUUAAUCUUAAUAAUGGUCAACUUUUGCCACUACAACUUCAGGGCCCACUUAAUUCAUGGAUUCCACCUUUCUCUGGAAUUUUACAACAGCAGCAGCAGGCUCAAAUUCCAGGACUCUCCCAAUUCUCUUUAUCAGCUCUAGACCAGUUUGCUGGAUUGUUCCCAAAUCAGAUACCCUUCCCAGGACAGGCCAGUUUUGCCCAAGGAGCCCAGGCAGGCCAAGUUGACCCCUUACAGCUUCAAACACCGCCUCAGACACAACCAGGCCCCAAUCACGUGAUACCCUAUGUAUUCUCCUUCAAAAUGCCUCAAGAGCAAGGACAGAUGUUUCAAUACUAUCCAGUUUACAUGCUCCUACCCUGGGAACAACCUCAGCAAACAGUUCCAAGGUCACCUCAACAAACAAGAGAGCAGCAGUAUGAGGAGCAGAUACCAUUCUACGCUCAAUUUGGAUACAUUCCACAACUAGCAGAACCUGCUAUACCAGGAGGACAGCAGCAACUAGCUUUUGAUACCCAACUAGGCACAGAUCCUGAAAUUGCUGUGAUGUCAACAGGAGAAGAGAUACCAUAUUUACAAAAAGAAGUGAUCAACUUUAGACAUGACAGUGCAGGAGUUUUCAUGCCCUCAACUUCACCAAAACCCAGCACAACCAAUGUUUUCACUUCUGCUAUAGACCGAACUCUUACCCCAGAGCUCCCAGAAGAGAAGGCCAAGACUGAUAGCCUAAGGGAACCGUAAGAAGUUGCCCUGAUCAUUCAGAGAUUUUGGGAAAAAGAUGUGGCCAUGCCUUGGAUAUAAUUUUAGGCUAUUAGCUUCCUCAAUGCUAGUAUCAGUUCUCUGGAAUACAUGAAAUAUCUUGACUCUUCUCCUAAAUUUGUUUUUACUUAUAAAUGUUAUUAAACUCUUUAAAUAUGUCAUAGAAAAUAAUACAAUCAUGUAAUGAGUCUUGUCUUACAAAAUUAUAUGUCUUUUCAAAUAUCCUAUCAUUGUAUAAUAUGGAAUAUAAUAACACUGAGAAUGAAGCUAGUAUCAUUCAAUCAAUUGGAUAAUUGCAUUAGUAAAUGAUGCCUCUGGAAAAUGGCAGUACCCAUGAAGAUAUGUAUAUUGUCAUUGGUUGUAUGAUGAGUCUUGUGAUUGGAACUGAUGAAGUAAAAUAAGUACCUAGAUUUGACAUGUCAUCUCUUCAUUUCCCUAAGGUCCAUUUAGUCAGUUUCCUCCUGAGACAUUCUCAUGACAAUCAAAAUUAUUUGGUGGCAGAUAUCAUAAAGUGCUUAUUCCUAAUAUGACACAGUUACAUAAAGAGGUGUCUGUCCUUACUCAAAAGGAUAGGAAAGUGUAUGCUUGUUUGGGGGAGGCAGCAUCCUGUAGAGAAUAAGUUAGAGAUUUUGGGUUUCAUCAGAUCUGGCUUUCAAUCUAGAAUAAUUUCUCUAAAAUCAGCUUUGCUUACAUUUGGUAAUUCUCAAAACUUUCCCUACCAGCUAUUCUCCACUGGAUGUUUCCUAUCUAAAUAAAACAGCAUUAGUUCAAGAAUAAAAUAUAGACUA